UUAGCACCGCACGCUCAGCUGCUCACCAGGGACCUCGUACGCGCCCGUCGGGAGGGGAUCUUUGGACCGAGGCACGCCAGUUCCUGUGUGGUGUGGUUCUGUAACAAAAAGACACCCAGGUUUCCGGUUCCCAGUGCCUGUUAAGGUGUUACCGAUCCAACACGCGGUUGGAGUUUUUGGGUUAACGACCGGUAGAAGAGUGAGAGAGCGAGCGGUGGUGGCCAGGCUGUUUUUGUUGCGGGUUUUCAUCGCCGUUUCACGUGUUCACCGCUGGUCAACUACCCAUUUGUUACAUCGGAUUUUUAUCCGCAUUGAGAAGGAAACCCGCAUUGUGCUCGUCGUGUCGUGUCGUGUCCUUAUCGUGGAUGGAAUUCUUCAAACCGAUCGAACCCUGGAUAGGUGAAACAGAAGCCCUCUCUUAGUAGCUAGAACUAAGGAACCAACCAUCAGGAACUGACAGCCUAGUUACAGCUACUCCCCCAACAUGUUGUCCUUCUUGUACACUUACCUAACCAACCUGCCCCGGUGGCAUCUGGUGGCAAUAGUUCUCGUUGGCUAUCUCAUCUACUACCUGAUGGAAGUGGUCAAGCGCCCUAUUCUUGCCGUCUCGAACGGACCGUUCAAGAAGUACCUUCGCAAACACGUCCCCACGCUGGAGAACAAAUUUUGGCCCACGUUCUGGUGUGUGGAAAGCCGUGCCCAAACCGUGUUCGCCAGCAUCAUCCGCUCGAACAUUAUGCCACUGGUCGAAUAUCGGCGCGAGGUGCUCACGCUCAAGGAUGGCGGUGAGGUUGCGCUGGACUGGCUGGAGACGGGCUGUGAUCCGGAAUCACCGAUCAUUAUCAUCCUGCCCGGGCUGACGGGAGAAUCGCAGGCCGAGUACAUCAAGUGUCUGGUGACGGCAGCCAAUCGUAUCGGCAUACGGACCGUUGUCUUCACGAACCGUGGGCUUGGUGGUGUGGCGCUCAAGACACCCCGGCUGUACUGUGCCUCCAACUGCGAGGAUCUGUCCGAGGUGGUGAAGUACGUGAAGCAGGCGCACCCGCACGUCCGGAUCGGUGCGACCGGCAUCUCGAUGGGUGGACUGAUUCUGGGCAACUAUCUGGCCCGCCACAGCGACGAAGCGAAAUCGAUCCUAACCGCGGCCAAAAUUAUCUCCGUACCGUGGGACGUGCACAAGGGAUGUGCCAGUAUUGAGCAGCCCAUACUGAACAAUCUGCUCGGCCGACACCUUGCCUCGAGCCUGUGCCGAACGGUCAGCAAGUACGAUAUACUGCGGGGCGAAGAGUUCGAAUGGGAUAUGAAUCAGGUGCUACAGAGCAAAACCAUCAAACAGUUCGAUUCGGCGUUCACGUCCAAACAUUUCGGGUACAAGGACGUCGACAGCUACUACUCCGACGCGACGCUUCACAACAAACUACACCAGAUCAAAGUGCCUUUGCUGUGUCUGAGCGCGGCGGACGAUCCGUUCCAGCCGCUCGAUGCCAUCCCGGUGAAAGCGGCCGCCAACUCGUCCCACGUUGCGAUCCUGAUAACGGCGCGCGGUGGUCACAUCGGCUUUCUGGAGGGUUGGUGGCCCGCAAACAGGGACCAGUACAUGGGACGGUUGUUUAGCCAAUACUUUUCCGCCGCCCUGUUCGAUCCGAGCAACGAGUUUUAUCGUACCGCGCAGCUAAUGAUGGAGCACAACCUUACCACGUCCACGUCGGUGCCGGGCUCGCCGACGACCAAACCGUCGCUGGCUGCCGCCAGUGCCAUACGGAAAAAAUCCAUCCCAUUUUAAUGGCGGUGGUUACUGAGUUUUUUUUUUCGACGGUAUUUGAGCAGCUCGUGGUGUGUUUGUGUGUGUGGAUCAGAUGCCUCUGCCUUGCCACAAUAGAACAACUGCACCAGGUCGGAAUGCUUGUUUCAAUGCUUGUUCGCUAGGUACAUGUGUUUCCGGUCCGGCGCGGAUCGGAUGGACAGCUUCUGGGGGUCCGUUCAAGACUUCCAGAAGGUAUCCUAGCGAUCUACGAGCGUGUGUGUGUGUGAUCAUGCCAGAAAUUGAGUAGCUCACUGAAGACACAUUCGCGAGGAAGCUGCAGGGUGGUAGCACAAUAUUCUUUCCUCUAGCCUGUUAAUUAUAACGUCCAGCUGGCGUUCAGCAGCAGCGCCCCCGUUAAAAAAGCUCACGUAAGCUUGGCGAGAAAAAAAAAUUGCAUGUGAUAAAGAUAACGACCGGCAAUACAAUAAACGAGAGAAAGCGAGCAGGAUGCUACCAAGUCUUAUUGCCCUCGUUAGCACCGUUUUUCCCAAUUGUCGCUAAAAAAAGCCCGUUUAAAUUUGAAUUACCUAUCUAAAGCUCGCCAAUUAGCACGCGAGCGUAAAUCAAUUUAACGUUAAUGAUGGAGGUAUAGGUAGAUCAACAAGAAAAAAAUUGAAGUUUGUAAUUUUUCUCAGGAUUAACAUUUGAACCAAACCACAUUUGAAAACACAUCCAAAAACAGAUCAAUACCUGACACGUUGACCAACGUUACCCAUGGCUUUAUCGCGGCAAACGAACGACUCCCAUUCGUAGGUUUGUGCUUUUGCCGGUGUUACACAAAGCACAACGGCGCAAAGCUUACAGCCGGUUUCGUUCCGCUAGGAAUGGUCAGAAAUUAUUUAGUUUAAUUUUACAAGUAUAGCUUUGUUACGUCUCUCGACAAAAGUACGAUUCCUGCAUUGGGGUGGAAUCUUCUAAAAGGAACAUAUGCGUACAAUAUGCAGGUGUGUAGUGUAGUGUCUUACAUGUAUAUUAGCCAGCUGCCUAGAACCUGUUCGGUUGUAAGUAAAGAGACUUAUUUAUGAAUUGCUUAAUUUAAGAACUUGCUUACCUACUUGGCAGUUAACGCGGAUUUAGGAUUGGACCAAUGCAAGACUUUCCAAAAGUUCGGUUCGUCACUUGUUAUAUGGUGUUGUGUUUCAAUUUUGUUACGUGAAGGUACGCUAAUUAAUGCAGCUAGGUAAGAGGGAAAGAAAAACAAAAGAUUCAUAACAUUGUUAAAGUUGCUAUAAAGACACCAGUAUUGUUUGUCUCGGCGAUGUAGUGUAACUACGCCAUGGACGCAAGACUCAUUAGAACAUAGAGCGUUGUUAUAAAAUGAAUUGUUCGAUAGUUUAAACAAACCUUUUAGUGUAGCGCGUAAGAAAAAAGAAGUAAUAAGAAGUAGGAAUGUAGCACAAAGCAAGCAAUCCAAUUAUUAAACAUUAAAUGCUAGGUUUAAAGCUAAGAUAACAGGCGAACCUCCAGAGUUCGCCACCUAGGUAGCUCAACACGCGGAUCAAACGGACCUUUCACGCUGUAACUGGAAACGUUAUACAACAGACACUUGUUUACAUAUCCUCUGCAAAUUGAUCUUUAAUCAUAAAAAAGCCAGGUUUUCAGGUUUUUCCCAAUUGGGGGGAGAGGAAGCUUUGCUAUGCUAGCACCGAAGAGAGAAUGGGAUUAGAGUACGCGAAAUGCAAAAGCCCCAGUCAAAGUGUUUCAAACCGGUCGGUUAGAAGUAAUGGACAUGGGAUGAAACUCUUUUCUGUGGACGGGCUAUGUUACACAACUACCUUUCAUAUUGUUUCGGGGUUUCAAUUACGUUAUUGCAUAGCAUUGCAUUGCCCAAAUCGUACGGAGGUGGCACGCGCGCUCGUUCUGAUAGUUUAGACAUGUUUAACCGUUUCACAUUUGUACUAUCAACCGUUUGCAACACGAAUGUUAACAAUGGACGGAGGAAAAGCUGUAACAAACAGAGAGUGAGAGAGAGAGAGAGAGAGAGAGAGAGAGAGAGAGAGAGAGAG